UCGGUUACUAAAUGUGAACGUUUACCGGAAAAUCCCAAGUGUUCGUUGGGACGAGUAGGAGACUUCGGAGUUCCCGAAGAACUCUUUAGGAGCGCGUGAGAAAUUCUUUGUGGAACUUUGAAGAAAUCAAUGAUGCAACAUGUGGAGUAUUUUGCGCCACGGGUGAUAGACGAGAAGUCUCGCUCUGGAGUCCACGGGUGAAAAUUCGAGUCGCGUCGCAUCUCGUAUUUUCACGCCUUGUGAAAAUUUCUUGGACAAACCGAGGAACCGGCGAGCGUGCUAACGCGGGGUGCACGGCAAAGGUGCAUUCCUUCGUCGAAGAAAAACCGCUAAAAGCAACAUGUCUUCGAGGGGUUUGCUCCCUGUGAUUUUUUCCCCGCCUGAAGUUCUUGCGGACGCGCCGCGUCGAGAAACUGGCCUCUAACUGAACUCUAACUUAACUGGACUGUAACUGAAAACACGGAGUUCACGGCGUCGGUGUUUACGUCGCGGGAUUACGACCGAGCGACGACCUCGGAUCGGCCUCAGUUAGUGUUGAUCCUUCCGAGAUUCGACAUCGCGUCCAGGAUGGUUACAUAGGCUUUUUUCUAUCGCCCGUUUAUUCCCGAAAAAUCCGCGAAGGAUUUCGGAAUAGAGACCCGGUGAUAAGGACGGGCUGCCUGAUAAACCGAGCUAAGCCCGCCGGCCGAAGAGCUCGCGUCUCCGGGGUAACUUGGAUUUCCUAUCACCGGCCUAGAGGACUACCUGAACAUAAAUCAUGAAUCGUCGAUAAAGAGAGGCCACCUCGCGAUUAGAUAGUUCGCAUCUCCGCCGAAAUCACUCGGGCCCUCCUCUCCUGUAUCUCGUAAUCGGUAUUAACGAAUAGUGCGAGUGAUGUAACCCGACCGCCAGGAAUACUCCACGAAAGGAAUAUUUGGAGUGAUCGAAAGCGCGUCUGGGUCUAAGAAGUCAAACCAGAGGAUAAUUCGACUCUCGGGAUAUUUUAUUCCCAUUCAAGGAGGGAACGAUAAGGUCGAGCGAGGAUUUCCCUGGAGACGCUGAAGAAGUCCGUCGGUGGUCUCAGGGAGGACUUCAAACGCGAAGUAGCCGAGAUAUUUCCAUCGUUAUCAAGAGGAAGAUUUUUCGCACCGACGCGUGGUAUCGUUCCUGCAGGACUAAACCUACAGGACCAAAUCUACAAGACCAAACUUACGAGGCAAAACCUACAUAACCUAGUGUACAGGAUUAAACUUACAAGGGAAAACCUACAUAACCAAACUUCCAAGACAUAACUUACAUAACCAAACUUCCAAGGCAUAGCUUACAUAACCAAACCUACAGGACCAAACCUGUGGGAGCAAACCUGCGCAAACUCUUCGGCGCAUCACGAAAGGGCCUCGCCCGGAGGGGGAGGGCUCGCGGAGCGUUUUUCGGCAGCACGGCAAGGAAUCGGGAAUAAUAAUCGCCGAUCCCUGGGAGAUCGUUAACCUCGGCCUGGCCGGCCGGAAGACACUACACCCUGUAACCUCGAGACGCACGAGUCGCCCUAAACCGGCGCCAUUAUGUGGGAAUUAUCGGGAACUCGUUCCCCGGGCGGCGAGUACGAGUCCACCGCCCAGGCGAGGCCGAGGACGGUCGGCAAGUGCGCCGGCUAGGGCGUCGUCGACGUCGACUCUCGUUACGAGUUCCGAGGUUGGAUUACAGAAAUUACGCGUCUGCGGCCCGGUAAGUGCGCGAGCCGCGCACUUACGCGUUCUACGGAGUUCCUCGCGCCCAAGGAGGAGGAAAGUAGAAGUGAGGUUAGGAGAAGCGGCGCCCCUUGGUGGACAUUCGCUCGGGGGAUCCUUGAAGAGGAUCAGGUCGGAUUGGUGGAUCUGGAAGGGAGGUCAAGAAGAGGUGUUACAAGAUAUUGGAGGCUGGAGUGGAGACGGGUAUGGAGGGAGGAUAUAUGAAUUAAGUGGAGGCAGGACUCGAAGGAGAUUCGUUUGUUACUCGAAGGACCCUUGAAGAGGAAUCACCUGUGCAGGAUUGGAGGAUCUGGAAGAGAGGUUAAGAAGAAGCCGCCUUCCAGGAUAUCAGAGCUCCUGGAAGAGUUAAGAACUGGGUUAGGAGUCGCAGGGGAUUUCUUGGUGGGCUAAGGAUCCUUGCAGAGGAUCUGUACCUUCAGUUAGUGGAUCUGGAAGAAAGGUUCCAAGAUAUAAGGCUCUCGAAAGGAGGAAACCGGGAAACUGGAGGAGUACGUGCACCGCUUUGGUACUCGAAGAAGGAUAUUCCCUCGGUGCUUACAACAUCCUUGGCAAGGAUCAGGACAUCCAAGAUCGGUGGGCCUGGUAGAGGAAGAGGUCGGGGGAAGGGAAAAGUAUGUACGCGGUUGAAUUCUCGGUGGAGUUGGUACUUGAAGAAGGGCGAGGCUGAAGGGCGGACAUAAAAACAGGAGACGGAAAGUUUGUGGUCUCCAGUGGGAGAACCUCGGGAGAGAGACGGUCUGGUCGGUAAAUCGGAGUACAAAGAGGAGACAUAAAUUCCCCGUAUAAAGUGUGCAAAAGUUGGCCAGGUUUUUGGCAAAAGAGAAGUGCUCCCUUCAAGAACUCCGGGUCGAGUGGAGCCCCGAAAAAAAAAUAAUAAUUCCCGAGUUUUCUCACUUUGGUUGCUCCGUUCAUAAACGGUCCAUUACAUGCAACGCUUACGAGCAACUUAUUAAAUCGGAGCACCGUUGGUACCGCCGAAAAGAGGUCGCUGGCAUCGUCGGCUGCAGAAAAUCAAAAGGUUUACGGGAUGUUCGGUGAUGUGCGGAGCCCAAGGUAGGAGUGUGUGUACCCGUGGGUGCGGACGUGCGUGCAAUCCUGCGAUAGAGUGACCGAAAUCCGCGGGGUGGAGUCGCCGGCCCGGACGGAACGAGACCCGACGUCCGGAAUCCGCUCCUUUUGGACGUCUCGGGGCGGACGAGCUGCGAAGACGCCGGGAUUUUCUUUUAUAAGCUGCAUGCAACUUGCACGGAGUUCCUGCGCUUUUUGCAGUAACCAUGUCACCAGAUCGACACGGCGGAGGAUCGCGAGAAAUCGCCGCGCAGCCGGGAGAUCCGGAUCAUCGAUUCGGAUAGCUCCAUCGUCGAUCGAUCGUCAUCGUCGCUGCGAUCGAAGCUUGAUUGCCGAUCGACGCGCAUCGAACUUUCGGCCUUUUCGCUGGCCUGGCCAGCUACUAUGCGAAUUGAAGCUCUCAGCACCCUCGUCGCGGUGGUUUGUCUGACCGCAGUCCUGUGCCCGCGGCUUGCUGCCGCCAACAACCUCACGGUAUCCUUCUCGUCUCGCAGACCUCGGGAACACCCUUUCAGAGGACACAUCUCUCGCUGGACGGUGCCGCUGGAGGACACGGCGGGCAAACGCAUGACGUACCGGGAGAUGCAGAUGGUCCUGCGCCAGGAGGCUGGCGAAGAAGGCGUCGCCGUCGACUGUUGUCCGUCGAUCGAGGAGAUGGUGGAGCCGGUCGGCGGUAGAAAUCGCAAUGACAUGUACGUGGAGCUCUACAGGGAUGGCGACAACGCGCAGAGGUUCUUCGAGUACUCCUGUAGACCCGACGUGCUGGACAAACCUUGUCGGUUCAUCGAUCGCAAGCUCAGCAACCAGUCGAGAUGCGUGCAGAAGUUCUCCUACUCGUACGCCAUCGUUAGGAACCUUGGAUCGAAGGCCGGCACGGAAGAGCACCGAAGGCAUCAUCACCGGGAACACCAUUUUCCGGCAUUCCCUGGAAGCACGGGGGGUCCGGGCGGUUCCACCUGGACCUUGGAUUACAUCAAGGUGCGGAGCGGAUGCAGCUGCGAGAUCUCGCCGAAGCCGAAGAAGAAGAAGGCGACAGCCACCAAGGCGAAGAAGGCGAAGAGCAAACCGCGACAACCGCGUGAGAACGAGUCCGACUGGGAGAUAUGAGAGCUUCCUUAAAGACUGCGCGUUUAGUCUACUUUUAUGGCCAUAGCUCGAGGACUUCCGCCAUCUUUGAUACGACGAUCAAUUACGGUCACUUGAACAGCUGAUUCCGAUGAUCCCCAUACUGGACGGAUCGAUCCACCCGAGUCGACAUUUUUAUCUUACUUAGAACCUCAAAUUGCAGGUCUUAAGGUGACGUUAAAGGGACAUCCAAGGAUCUCGUUUAAGAAAACUUUUGUCUGAACCGGAUCUGCUGAAUCGUUUCCAACUUUACAAUGUAAAUACGGAGGCUAUGAGGAAGGUCCUAUGGAUAUUUAAAAAAUCUU